CAAUUAAAGUGGACAUUAUGGAACAUGUAUGGGUUAUUCCAGAAUUGGAGGAACUCACCCAACACCCAAAAUAAUCCAUGCACAAAUACAGAAAUGCACAUGUGUAAAUUAUAGUUGUUCUGAGACAAAAUGUAACUAGCUGUAGUAAAAGUGAUUCCUAAAUACUAUUUAAAAUAAAAUUUUAUUUUUAUCUUCCAUGUGAUUGUUAAAACAUUGUUUUAGCAGACAUCUUAAAUAGUAGUAAUUAUGCUCUGAAUUUCUCUCAACAUACACAGGACCCUCUUAGUAAAACAUUUGAGCCAUCUUGACGAAAAGAAAAAAAAGUUUGUGACAUAGCAGAAAUUACAUCCAUUCACCAUUUUCUAUACCUCUUAUUGUCAUUAUCUAGCUAAUUGCCCUGACCAUGCGAAGACCUUGGUAAAUUGUCUCCUGUUAAUGUUUUUUUUUCAAUGUAUUCAACAAUAAUGGAGUGUUUCCUCAGACCAAUGCGACCCUGUUCCUCAUGAUCAAACAAAGGUGUGAUCACAGCUGAUGAGAAAUGUUCAAACCAAGCAGAAACACAAUCAAUCUAUGACUGGAAAGCUGUUGGACAGAUGGGGAAGUUGAGGAAGAUGGAGUUCAAGCAGAGUUGGAAGCAGCAGAAGAGGAGUGUGCUGCCGAGUGACGCUGUCGCCCUGGCAACCCUUCUUUUGCCGCCUGUGACGUAACAAAGUGGACGGGGCGCAGGCAACCCCGCUGCACACAAGACGGCGGCAUGACACUUGUCUUAUGCAAUAACAGAGCAGCACACACGAGGGAUUUCUCGAAAACGGUCCGAUCCGAUGGAGCAAACAGCGCUCAACAAAACUCGCGCCAAUUGGUCCCGGGCGCCGCAGUCGAAGUGACGCAGCCGCGGCGCCAAUCCGCGGGUGGGAUACUGGCACCCGAAGUCUCGGUCUCCCCAGUCUUUGGUCUCCGCAAGACCACCGAGUCGGGCUCUGCAGCGCAGGGGCUGCAGCGUUGCAUGGAAGCGGAGCGCGCGCGACCCGCCGCGGACAUGCUGCCCCCGAAGACCUGCCUGCCCAGGAACUACAGCUGCAUCGCCGGACUCUUCGGCAGCCUGGCUGCGGCGAAUCCUCGUCUGGAAGAUGGCGACGAUUUUGACAUCACGAACGGCACCCGCGAACCCGCCGACAGCCCCGUGGUGGACGAGAGGCCGCGCGGCCGGGAGACCUUCCUCAAGCCCCCGCAGAGCCCCAGCCUGCGCCGGCGAUGCAAGUCUCUGCCCACUCCCACGGAGAGAGCCAAGUUGGAAAUCUCCCGCAGCAGAAGUCCAACAAGUCAGAAAAAGGUGCGCUUCGCAGACUCUCUCGGUCUGGAGCUGAUCUCCGUGAAACACUUCGACGACUCUGACGAGCCGGAGGUGCCGGAGCGCAUUUUGGCCAAGUUACCUAAAUCCACGGACGCGAACCGCAUGGCCUCUACGAAAUUCCCCCGACCCCCGGCCCAGUCUGUAUUCAUGGAGCUGCAGUUCACCAGCCCGGGCAACCUUGCCGACUUCGAGCAGAAGGUGCGGGAGGUGAAAGUGCUGCUGGAGAGCGUCGAGACGGACGAAUUCAGCCUGUCGGGCUUCGUGCGCGUCUUGAACCUGGCCUUCGAGAAGAGCGUCUCUUUGCGCUACUCCCUCAACAACUGGAUCACCUUUAUGGACAGCUUGGCGUCCUACGUGCCCCACUCGAGCGACGGCGCCACGGAUCGCUUCUCCUUCAAGGUGGUCAUGCCCACCUACAUGGAGAACGGGGGCACGUUGCAGUUCGCCAUCAAAUACACAGUCGACGGCGACGAGUUUUGGGAUAAUAACAACGGGAGUAACUACAAAGUGCGGCGUCACCGGUUCAAGAUGUCCCCACCGAAGGAAUGGGAGAACGGAUGGAUCCACUUUAUUUAACCUCAGCCACACGCCGCGUGCGUAAAUUGUGCGUUCGUUGAAACCCCCGGGUACCUUAAAAGUGACUAACGUGUACAAAUGGGCGUUAUUAGUGUGUGCAUGGGGGUUAAAUACACGCAGUAUCAAAUAUAUACGUGGCGUGAGCAUUUGAGGUGCCCUGGUGAAGAGUUAAUUUGCCUUGAUGUCAGGGCUCUGCACAGCUCGGUGCCCUUUGGGAGGGCACGUCCACGUUAUGUAACGUGGAAACACGUGAGGUUAAAAUAUACCACCGCUCAUUCAUCUAUUAUGUCAUGCCAUUAAAUGCCUUUGUAAAGCAUGCUAUGGGAAGCAGUGCAUUGAUAGUUUUGAUUUUCUCACUAAGCACCCCCCCCCAAUGAUUACAUAUUUUGUUGCCAUAGAACUAUUCCCCCGAAAUAUCUGCAUUUUGGCCAUUCCAUUGUGUUCAUAGAGACUAGAUUCUGUCUAAAAAAAAAAAAAUAAAUAAAUUGUGUUGAUAUUGCCUCAACUCAUUCCCUUUUGCAAAUAGUGCAAGAGGACAUGUAGACCAAGAAAUUCCUAUCUUUUGAACAUUGAACAGAUAAGUAUAUUUUUAACAAGUAGCAUGUACUAUUAGUACUUUUUUUUUCUCCCAACUUCUAAGCUAUUUUUCACUGGUGAUUGUUUUCUUUGCGUUGUUGUCAAAUGAAGAAAGCAAGUAUAAAACGUCACUGUCUUUGAAAUCUUUGUUGUCCAUCACUGUUGAGAUGCAGUGCAAUGCUCUCCAAUAUCGUCCACUAACAUUUAUAUCAAAAGUUUUCCAAACUUUUCAGCUCACAUUCCAAAGUAGGAAUAUGGCUCCCCCUUUGUCCCGAGUUUACUAAAAUCUAUCCCUUGACAAAACAUUGAUUGAUAGACUCGACGCAAAUUCAUGACAAAGAAUGUUAAUUUACUCCAAGAAAAGAUGAAUAGCAACUUUGCAAGAAAUUGGCUGACUGGUUUAUCAAUAAAGAAAAUAAAUCACUUGCGGCAUUUAAACUAUGGCUGACCCCCAUAAAAAUGUACUUCUAACCGAAUCUAUUUUGUGUCCCAACCAGAACUUUGGCAAUCCCUUCCUUUUUUUAAUUUAUUUUUUAUUUUUUUAUAUAUAAACAAGAGAUUUCUAUUCACUUGUGAGUUGUCUUCCAAAUUCCACUUCUUCAGCUUUGCUCUCAUUUAUAUUGUUUUCAGUCUUGCUCACAUUUGGUGUGUCGUCGUGUGCGAUGCUAUCAUAGUUGUCUGUAAGUACAAGUCAGCACUUUUUAAAUUCUCUGUCUCUGAUCUGAACAUUUCUUUGUUUACAUUACAGCAGUCUCAGAGGGUAACUCUUCAUUUACUGAUGCAAUCUGGUUGAUGUGGACAUAAAAAGUUUUCCAGUAAGCACUUAGCUUUUAGAGCACUUCCACUGUGAAGCGCCCAAUCCAUUUUUGAAAAAAAAAAGUUUCCUGGUUCAAUAUUGGACUGCUAAAAUGAGAGCUAAGCAUUCUGGGACAACGUUUGCCUACGUAGCAUUGUCAUGCACUGUAUGUUAUUCAAAUGUGAUGUGGAUGUGCAAAGUUUUUGCUCUUUUUGUUAAAAGUGUAUUUGCACAUUGUUCAUGUUUGUCGAGCCCGCCCAAGCAUCCAUACAAAGUAGCAGAGUUCAGAACGUAAGAAAUGCAUCAAUAUCAGUUUAACAACAUGUGUAGUAAACCAAAUUUAAAAAGCAACUCUUUGUACAGUUCAUAUUUGACUGUUUAAUUGGCGAUACUAAGACAUUGUUUCAACAUGCUAGCCAGCUCUUAUUGGUGAAUCCCUAAUGAAGGGCUGUUGUCUGAAUCAGAUAUUCAUUUUAACUGCUUAUAUUAUGCUUCUCAUCCGAGCGCACUGAUAUAUGUAUAUAAAUAUGUACUGUAUUGUCAAUGUCUCAUACUGAAUGUCUUCAUAUUACUGUUUGCAAUGCGUGUACGAAGCAUCUUAAAAGCAGAUUAUAGAGAUGCAAUUGGUUCAGUUUUGACCUGUGAAGUUUCAAUACAAAAACCCAACUUGAAAGCACACUAGUAGACCUUGAAAUUAUUAAUGGGAAAACAUGAAUUGAGAAAAUUUGAAAUUCACAAUGUAAUUGAACUGGGCUCUUUUGCACCAUUGCAAGAGUGCGCCACCUUACUGUUAUAAGAGUUUACGAAGAAGAGAUGGAACCUUGUAAGUGCUUGUUUGUGGGGGGGGGGGGGGAUGUGAUUGCAGAGGGUUGGAAAUAUGUCCAGUGACACUCGCCAAAUGGACUUUGGUCUAUGGUGACAAGUAUGAGUGACUUGAGAUUGUAGCUGGAGCUGGGAGCGUUCACUCGGCGCCACCUUUAUUGCACUUUGAGGGAGGAUGCGGAAAGAGACGGUUGAUAGUAUGUACAUGGGGCAAUAGCUUUUCAUGUGAAAAGUGUUGUAAUAUGGUCCCUUUUUUUCUUUUUCCUGCCUUCUCUCAAUUCACUGCUUUGUUCUUUCACCGGGGCUUGAAAACGUUGGCAUGUUUUUUGUUUUGUCAAAUUUGGGAGCAUCAUCCUAGUAAUUAUUUUCCUAUGCAACCAUUUUAUCGUAAAUGUUUUGUCUCCUGAAUGUUCACCAUGUUUGCAUGCAUGCACAACUGAAACAAACCUUUAUUUUUCUGUUAGUUUAACCACAGAACCACUAUUUUAUUAAAUAAAUGCUCAAUAAAAAUGUUGUAACAAAUA